ACUCAUCUGCAUUUCCUCGUGAUCUCACGAACUGGCCAGACCUCUCGAAGAACAUCAACAUCGCUGCUGUACCCCUCUGUUCGGGUGUUUCAUCUCGAUAUAAAGGUUCAAUGGACUUUACAGGACUUUAAAACAAUACGUGGAUCUAUUCAUUUGCUAAUUAUCUAUUGGUCUGAUUCUAGAGACAGAUGAGCCACAUCUCUAAUAGCCCAUUUUCUUUGGAGCAACUGAAUUCAUUUCAGAAUUUAUCAACGGAAAGAGAUGCAAUUAGGUUUCCUGGAUGUCCGUUUAUCCUUUCGAUGAUAUCAUAGGUCUAAAUCCGAAAUACUAGGGUAUCUUUUUAUUCUCGAGGAUGGUUCGAUAAUACUAUAGUUCGUUACUUUCUUUGUUCGGAGAGAUAACAUUAUCAUUUGCAUUUGGAUUAUUAAGAAAUACCAACAUGUUACCAGGGUUUGAGUUCAUCCCCAUCAUCACUGAAGACUCCCAGUUCAACGAAACCGACUUUGACCAGGGUACGAUGCCGAUAAACAACAACGUUUCUGGUCGACAUCAAGACUCGUGUAGCAGCGGAUGCCAAGGCGGCGAUUCCGAAAGCGUCUCGGGUGAAAGCAUCGCGUCAGACAGGAGCCCGCCUUCGUCAUCGUGCGGGGCUAAGCACCACGAUACUGAAAAACCAGCAGCGGGAAAUGGAAGCGGACGCCGCCGAAGAGGCGGCGGAAAGGGAGGUGGAGAUGAUGGUCGUGGUAGCUCACGAGGUCCCAUCAAACCUGUACAACGGAACGCUGCCAAUGCUCGUGAACGAGCUCGUAUGAGGGUAUUGAGCAAAGCCUUCUCAAAACUGAAGACCAGUCUUCCUUGGGUUCCCCCCGAUACAAAGCUUUCUAAACUAGAUACCCUCAGAUUAGCUUCUAGUUAUAUCUCACAUCUCAAGAAGAUAUUAGAUGAUGACUCUUUAGAUGGCCGAAUGAUGCACCCAAUUAGCUUGACUUGGCCAUUUGCGAUCACCAAUAAGCCAACAGAGAGUGAUGACCAGGAUAAUGGUCAUUGUGACGUCAUGGAUACCUGUGUCUCAUCACCCAAUCAGAAGACAGAUGAAGACGGGGGAUGGUGCACGUAAUAUCCUAUAUUCAUUGGACUUAUGAACUUUACAGCAUGUUUUGUUACAAGAAAGAACAAAUUUACAAAAUAAAAAUAAAAUAAAAGAUGGAACAAUGCAGACCAUUUUAAUCGGUUGACUGAUUCCAUUAUUUCGGUCUUUACGCGAAUAAGCAACUGAGGAAGAAACUGUUCUCCCGAAUUCAGUUUUUAUUCAGUGGACAGCUCCUGACUCCGUACUAGUCUGCAGGCAAAGACCCUGAUUGAAACUCUGCUCAACAGGUGGGUCUCCACGCAAAGACUAGCACAUAGGCCUUCACUAGACAAGGCAUUAUAGACUGCACAUUCGGACCCUUAAUUCGAGUGAAGGGUUUGCACUUUGCACAGCAGACUACCUCCGUACGGCAAUUUUACUUCAUCUCAAAAUGUAAUUCUCCAUCUUCACUAAAGCGAUCUGUUACGUCAUUUCGUCGAAGGGGAGACCUAUAAUUAUAGUAUGUAACAAGUGCUUUCUGAUGACGUUGCGAAAUUAAGACAUAUCUCAUCUUUGCCAUGUUUGUACAUAAAAAAAAUAAAGUAUAUGUACAUAAACGUUUGAUCCAGCCAUUGGAAAGGAAAACCAAGGAAGGAAGGAUCCAAAUGUAUCUUUGAUGUAUACUAGUAAUUUAUUAUUGUUGAAAACUGCUAUCAUUCCACUUUCUCGUUGUUUUUUUUUUUAUUUCAUUUUAUUUGAAAUAGACUCUAGAAACGAAAAAUUGCGGAGACGAAUUUGGAAAGGAAGAAUAUUUCGUCACUAAAGGUCAAGUCCACCACAGGAAAAUAUUGAUUUGAAUAAAUAGAGAAAAAGAAAAACUAGCAUAACGCUGAAACUUCAUUAAAAAUCGGAUGUAAAAUAAAAAAAAGUUAUUACAUUUCAAAGUUUCGCUUAUUUUUCACAAAACAGUGAUAUUCACAACUUAGUGACAUGCAAAUGAGACAGUUGAUGAUGUCCCUCACUCACUAUUUCUUUUGUUUUUUAUUGUUUGAAUUAUACAAUGUUUCAUUUUGUACAAAUUUGACAAUGUGGACCAACUUGACUAAACCAUAUAGUUUUAAACAAUGCUAAUUCCAUAUGUUCAGGGAGGAAUUAUUGUUGGUUCACUUGACAAUGAGGAAAAAAUUAGAAUAUUUCAUAUAAUCAAAUACAAAAGAAAUAGUGAGUGGAUGAUGUCAUCAGUCUCUUAAUAUGCAUAACGACCAGGAUAUAACUGUUUGGUGAACUUAAGCGAAACUUUCUUAUUUUACAUCCGAUUUUGAUGAAAUUUUCAGUGUUAUGUGUGUUGGAUUUUUCUCUUUUUAUUCAAAUAAACUUCUUGUUGGGGUGGACUUGUCCUUUAAAUAACAUUAUCUUUGUGAUGAACGCAUGCGCAAUGUAUUUGUUUGUUGAACCAAGAUUGAUCCAAACAGUGCAUUUUUAGUGAGACCCCUAUUUCAAUUGUUAGCCGAGACACAGUAACACUCUGCAUGAAUAACGUUUAUUACAACAUAAUAUAUGUUGGCUAUUUGAAUAACCAUAUUGUAGUGUGAAAACCGGAUAUGAAGAACAGAAUGGGCAAAUUAGACACUUAAUGACAAGAGACUACGUCGUUCUUGUAAGAAAUGUUGUGAUCAAAGGAAAAGUUACUGAAGAAAAUCAUUUCAACUAUUAAGACGAUUCGAUUAGAUUACUGACACGAAAAUGUUCUUAAUUGAAGUAGUGUAUGUUCUAAACAACUAUUAUUACGUAAAGAGUGAAGUGUACCUUAAUUCUAAUUUCAUGCUGUGUUAUAGUCUCUUCAAAACUUUUAUUCAAUAUUGGUUAUUUUUUUAAUGUAAACCUGAAACUCCAUAAUAUCUUCUUUAUCUCGUUCGUUUGUCUUAGGCCUAAAACAUGCGCAACGUGUUUAUUGUAUUUAAAUCGAGUAAUGUUCAUUAUUACGCUUUUACCGUUCUUAACUCCCUUCCUCUCUAUUCAUCUCUUACCCCACCGCCUCUCUCUCUUUCUUUCUCUUUCUAUUCAUCCAAAUCCCCCAUCCUCAAGGAGGAGGAGGGGGGGGGGUCUUUAAUUAUAAUCAUCAUUGCAAUAUUUUAUUAGAAAACGACUCAUUAAGUCAAAUCAACACUGUCUGCUGUUUCUAUCGUUAGUGCAUUGUACAUAUUGUAAAUAAAUAAAUUGACUUUCUAUUCCAUUUUGUCCAA